AUGUCUGGUUAUUUUAACAGCGGCUAUAAUAACAACGGUCGCUCAUUUGAGAACCGCCCAUAUGAUCAACAGCAGUAUCCGCCAGCGACCGAUGAGGAUUGGUGAGUUUUUUUCAUGUUGUUUUAGUCGUUUAGGCGAUCUCCAAAUGAGUUGAAUAUGGCUGACACUUACGCGCAGCAGCCGGGACAGAGUUGGUAUGUUGUGUGUAACUCGAUGUCCUUGCUUUAUUAUAUUGGUUUUUCGUUGAUUUAGUUCAAUUUCUCAUGUUUUUUGUUGAUUUAUCUUACACAUGGUGCAUUUUUUUUUGUUUCAGGCGAAACGACAGCUAUGGUAAUAACUCUGGCUCAGUGAAUGAAGGAAAUGGUCGGGAUUGGCGUUCUAAAGACAGUCAACCGGAUUAUUCGCGGCCUCCUCCAAGGUUUGACGAUAGAGAACAACAAAAUUGGUAGGACUGAUUGUACUUGGCUAAAACCGUUUCAUUACUGCAACAACUUUGCAAUUAGCACAUUAUCCGUCUUUCUAGGCGAUCAUACGACAGUUCCACGACCUCUAGAAACUCCCAAAACGAUGAUGAUCGUGAUUGGUAAGAUUUUUGCGCUUGGUAUUAUUGUUGUUGUUUAGGCGUAGAAACGACUACAACGAUCGUCGCGGACCUCGAGAUGAUCGGGAUAGAGACUACAGAGACCGUUCGCCACGUGAUGAUCGAGAUUCUUGGAGAAGAAGGGACAGUCGUGACCGAAAUUAUCGAAGAACUCCACCCAGAAGGAGCAGAUCUCCGGUAAGAGCGAUUUUACGUCUAAAAAUCUCGUUUUGACUUGUGAAAUUGCUUCGGUAUGAGGUGUUCAGACGUAUUCUACAAUUUAUUUCAUUUUCAGCCUCGGCGAGAGGGUCGGGAUGCCAAUGCAACCAAUAAAAUCAUGUUGACAACCGUCCCAGAAGCCAUCGACCGAGAUGAAAUGAACAUCAUAAUAAGUCAACAUGGCUUUUGCCCGAUUGAUGUCCGAAUUAUCCACAAACCGACUGACACUGGCACUCGCUCUUUUGGUUUCAUCGAAUUCAGCACUAUCGAUCAGGCCAAGGAGUAUAUGAAGUAUAACAAUGUAAGGAUUUAUAAAAUUUCUUCGACUUUUAGGUAAACAGAGAUGUAUAAAUGCUUUUCAGGGGUUCCUCAAAUUCCCCAACAACUUUAAUUGUCGCUUGGAGUACGCCCGGGAACCGCAUGCACCGGAUAAUUCGAGGUUAGGCAAUACGGCGGGUGGCCCGGCCGAUUGGAACUGUUCAAAGUGCGGAAUAAACAAUUUCAAUCGACGUGAAAAUUGCUUCAAAUGCGGAAUAAACAAGAGGGAUUCGGAUGAUCUGGAAGCCAAAGGAUACAGUAUGGUGGGAUCUGAGCCUUGCGAUAGUAAGUUGAAGUUGGGUCAUGGAUAAUAUAAAAUUUUUGUUGUUUUUAAUAAGUUUUGAGGUUUUUCGAAUCAGGGAAGGACUGAAAUUGAAUGUGUGUGAAUUUUAUAAGUUAAGACUGUGAAAAAUUUACAUUUUUGUAUUGUUUUUGAUAUUAAUCAUGCAUAAUAUAAAAAUGUCAAAAUUUUCAGCUCUCUUGGUCCGAGAACUCCCAGCCACCGCGAAUGAGCUCGGAAUUAUCCAAGCCUUCUCACUUUACUCGUCCAUUCCAAUUCAGCGAGUCCACCUCGGCGCUUCGAAGAGAUAUUGUCUGAUGCAGAUGAGGUCCAUCGACGAAGCAAGCUACUUCCUCCAGGCCUUCAAUCGAAUUGUCCCGCAGAUAAAUAACUGUGUGGUGAUCGUCUCCUACUCCCGGGUAUCCCUGAACAAAGUUUUAAUGGCGGAUUCGGUCGAACAGAUCAAAAGUCAGACCGGAGUCAGCACCUCGCAAGUGCAGAAGGACCCCACAAAUUCGGCCGCAAUGCUGGCCUACAAUGCGAUUCAGAUGUCCAAGAUGGGUCGUGCUCCCAACCCAAAUGACCGACAGACAAUCUCCACACCGUUGGGUGUUUUCCCCAUCUAUCGUAAGCGAAAUAUAUGGGUUUAUGUCAGGAGUAGUUUAAAUUUCUCAUGGGUAAUAUAAUUUUUAUUUUUUUUUGUUUCCAGCGAAGCCAGAUCCGCGGGUAUUGCAACUAGAACCGACUACUGGUUAUUUUUACGAACCGAACACUGGAUUUUACUAUGAUCCGAAGACCGAUUACUACUAUGAUCCGGUCACUUGCCAAUGGUGCUUUUGGACCACGGAAUUUACGACUUUUAUCCCGUGUAAUGGCGAAAAUCCAGAGAUCAGAAUGAGACUACAACAGAAUGAGAAGAAUCUGCGAGAGAAGGAAGCUCAGCCAGAGGUGAGUAUAAAAUUUUAAAAAUGAGGUCAAGUGUAAUAUAAGUUUUUGAUGAUAGAAUGUCUAAAAAGGUGAUUUGUGACAUGAUAGUGUUGUAUUAAGUCCUAAAAUAGCUAUUAAACAGUCUAGCAAGUCUGAAUCCCCACCGUCUUCUUCGAUUUCAGCCGACGAAGACGGAGGAUUCGUUCCUAAACUCGCCAAAAGUCUUCGAUUUUGACCUAAUCCCACCGCCCAGUAUGUCCCCUCGGUCUUGUCAGUCUGUCACGCAGCAUUUCCUUGAAGAAUCUGCACGAAGAACUAGGAUUUUGUCGACGAAUCAACGAUUCCAAAUUUUUGGAAUAUCAGAUGAGGCGCCAUCGAAAAAAUGGUCUGGAAAAAGUCUCGCGGAAAGUUUGAGCACUCAAGAGGAUGAUCAAAAAGCACAGACGACCAAUGUUUACAACCCAAUUGUUCGAAAUUUGCUGAAGAAUGCGGGAAGUACGCCGUUUGAACGCAGAAAGUCAGGUCUAAAUGAGACGUUUUUCUCGAUUCAUCAGCUGGACACGACUUAUAGCCCUAAUUUUUAUGCGGUAAAUGGAGUUUUCAACGAUACUGCAGACCAGGGGGAGAGUUUUAAGGAAGCAGAAAGUCUUGUCGAUGAGAAAAACCCGGAUUUUUAUAUCAAAAAUGAAGAGAAGGUCAUGGAUAAGGUAAAAAAUGAUCAGAAAAUGAAGAAGGAUGUUGAGAACUUGAAGAAUAUUGAAGGAGAAGACAGUGUAGAGAACUCACAACUCAAGGGAAAUCGAAGUGAAUCGAAAUUUGAUGGAAAUAACAAUGAAAAUUCGAAAAGAUUUGAGGAAAACGAUUUUUCUGGCAAUUUGAACGUCACAAAUUCCUUGCUGAACUAUACGGAAAUGGAAGAAGAAUGCGAGAAUAUCAGAAAUGAGUUGGAAAAGCCAUCCAAACCUUUGGCGGACCAGGGAUUCCAAGGCUUGGCCGAGGAUUUCACCGAGGACUGCCCCACCCCAAAACUUUUCCGAAAAAUCACACCCAAAGCCUUGUUUGAAGCCGCAAAAGACGAUAAAGAGAAUGAUCAUGAAAACCAGCAGAGAUUUUGA